AUGGAGGUGUCCCCGAUGCAGACGCUGGGCAUGGCGGUGUGCAUGAUCUCCGUUGGGAGCCAAAUCGCCUGGGCCUUUGCCAGCGCACUGAUGGCGCUGCUGAACUCGUGUCUGGGGCCGGAGCUGAUGCUCACCUGGGGCUGGCGUGCCAUUGCCAUGUGGGGACGGAACCGGAUCCAGGAGAGCGAGGUUUUCAUCGACGAGGCGGUGGAGUCCGACACCAAAAGUGUCUGCAGCGUGGGGGAGCUGGUUCGAAAUCAUCCGGGAAGUCUGCUUGUGGGUAUUGGGGCAGUGGCGGCAACAGCCACCAUGUGGUUCUCGCCACCCUUCUGGACCCUGAGCGCUUUGAUGUCUGACCUGGGGGCCGCCGACGCCCUUUGGGUGGGCAACAGCUGCCAGCUGGUGGGCCUGGCAGUGACGCCCCUGGCGGGACUCCUGGCGGACGGGGACUACUUUGGGGUGGCCUGGGUGCAGCUGGUGGGGGCGCUCUACUGCGCGCUCGUCUCCUUCCCCACCUACGUGUGGCUCAGCUUCGACGCCUCCCGCCUGGCGGCUUACCUGGGGGUGGGCAUCAUCUUCGGGGUCGCGCAGGGCUUCAACGGGGCGACAGUGUACCUCUUCUGCGCGGAGCUCUUCCCGCCGAAGUUGCGGUGCCAGGGCAUGGCGCUGAGCUACAACCUGGGAGUCUCCUUCCUGGGAGGCUUCAGCGCGAGCAUCUCGCAGGCGCUGCUGGAGGUGUCCUACCACUACGGGCCGGGCAUCUACUGGUCAGCCUCGGGCGUGGUGGCAUCGUGCACAAUCCUUUUGGCGCUUUUGCUGCAGCGAAAGGGGUGGAUCAAGCUGACCCACCGCCGCAGCGCGCCCUACUUCGGCCGGCGCGGGAGGUCUGUGCAGGACCGCU